AUGUUUUCAUUCGGUCUCAUAAAAAAAAAAAAGGAGGAGGACCAAUCCGUUGAGGAAAAACAAGAUGAGGAGAACAAAAGCCCCGUAGUGGAAAAUAAUGACAACAAGGAACCCGCCUACGAUGAUAAAGCUAAGGAAGAAGCAGACAAUGAUGAAAAACCGGUAGAUAGUAAAGCCAAAAAUAAGAGGACAAGAAAAACUGUUAGGAGAACAAAGAAGGGGCAGAAGGAAGAGGAGGAAGAGAAAGAAGAGGAGGAAGAGAAAGAAGAGGAGGAAGAGAAGGAAGAAAAGGAAGAGAAGGAAGAGAAGGAAGAAAAAGAAGAGAAGGAAGAGAAGGACGAAAAAAAAGAAGAGGAAGAUAAGAAAGGCAAAAAGGGUAAGAAAGAGCCGAAGGGUAAAAAGGGAGGCGCCAGAAAGGGCAAAAAGGCGGCCGCAGAUGAGAAGGAAGAAAACGACAAGAAGGACGAGGCGAAUGAGGUGAACGAUGCGAACGAAGCGAACGAAGCGAAUGAGGCGAAUGAAACGCACGAGACGAACGACGAAGCGGACAAGGAGAAGGAAAGCCAGGAACGGAAGAAGGAAUUAAAGGUUGAAGAAGAGUUAAAGGAUAAGGACGCCAAAGCAAGCGCGCUAACGCUGGAAAUUUUGGGAGAUAUCCCAGAUGCUGAUUUAAAGCCCCCAGAAAAUGUUCUAUUCGUUUGUAAGCUCAAUCCCGUAACGGAAGAAGAAGAUUUAAAAACCAUUUUCGCGAGAUUCGGACCGAUAAUAUCGUGUAACAUUGUAAAGGAUAAGGUAACGAACAACUCGCUCCAGUAUGCCUUUAUUGAAUUUGAAAAAAAAGAAGACUGCCUAAAUGCCUACUUCGAAAUGGAUAAUGUCAUCAUUGACGAUAGAAGAAUACACGUGGAUUUCUGCCAAUCGUUAGCGAAAUAUAAGGGAGAAAUAAAAAACUGGAAAAUCGAAAAUGAGGCUGUCCUGGAAAAUAUUAAAAAAAGGAAAUUGGACCAGGAGGACACCAAAAGGAGGAGGAGGGGCAAUGGAACUGCCAACGAUGAACCGAAAGACGAGGAAGAAGACAGCAUUCGGGUCUUCAAAUACGAAAGUGAUAACAACACAAAGGAAUAUGAAACUAAUUCCAAUAAGGAGGAAAAAAAAGAUGACCCCAACGACAGCGCGAACAACAAUGCUGCGGGGAGCGGAAAAUACGACUACAGUAACGGAAAAAGGUACAUCCCCUCUAAGUACUACAAAGACAGUUAUAAUAAUUAUUCCAAUCAGUACCCCUACAGAAGGUAUUCGUACAAAUACAGAUAUAAUAACAGUUACAAUGCCCCCUACGGGAAGGGCUUUUUCUAUCGAAAAAAUUAUAACAACAGUUACUAUGAUAAGUAUAGCUACUAUGGUAGAGUAAGAAAAAACAGCAUGUUCAACAAACGGAAUUAUUCUCCCAGAGAUGCUGCAGGCCAUCGAAAUGACGACUACAGCAGUCGGUACAGAAGACAACGUAGUUACUCCUCGGACAACUCACAGAAAAAGAGACUAGAUAAGAGAGAUUCUAGAAAAAGUGAAAAUAGAAAAUAUGGCAGUAAAUCGAUGGAAAAAUCUCCCAAAGGAGGUGAACAUGGUGAGUAUCAAUACCCAAGAGAUGGUCAUGGGGAAGGAGGAUACUCAAAUGAUAACAAUGCAGAUGACACUCUGCUAAGAAGCGGGAAAAAAGUGAAAGAUAGAGGUGCCGCUACAUCGGGACCUGGUGAUGAUGAACGACAUUCAAGUUAUAAUUAUAAAAUGCAGAGAAAAACAAACAGAUCACGGUCAUAUUCUGUGAGGACAGACGAUAAGGAAGAAAACAAGGGGUACUUCAAACGUGAUGAAUAUAACAAUGAUUAUUACUAUGAUAAAAAACGAAAAUACGGACAGUAUAAUGGGGCACCUGGGGAUUACGAAAAACGAGGGGACGAUGAUUACGCGUAUAAUAAUGGCUACUAUAAGGGCUCCUACAAUAAAAGGCUGAAAGGGUAUCCAGGCGGAGAGGAAGAUGAGAGGUAUAAGAAGGUCUACCCGAAGUAUUUCGACAGGUAUGACAAAAAUUUCUAUCCAAAAUAUGAGCGAAAGGAUUUUUACGACCAGGAUAAGAAGUACUACGAUGAGGAUAAGAAGUAUUACGAUGCGGAUAAGAAGUAUUACGAUGCGGAUAGGAAGCCCUACGAUGCGGACAGGAAGCCCUACGAUGCGGACAAAAAAUCGAGUAAGUACAAAAAUGAUGAGUACCGAAAGUACGACAGAAGCGCCUCUUACGAUUACAAGGGAGAUAAAAGAAAAUAUGGCGACAAAAACGAGGAUUAUUAUAACAAGACAAAGUAUAGCAAGAACGACUCGUACGAGCGGGAUGAUAGUAAGAGGUACAAUAAGGACAACAAAGCUUAUGGAAGCAGUUACAAGGACGAAAAGAGCUAUGGUAAGUAUAAGGAUAAAACGUACGACUUCGAGGAUAACGAGGAUGCGCAGAAGAGCUCCAAAUAUUCCAGCAAGAAGGAGGACAAAAAGUGGUACGAUAAGCGGGACGACAAGCGGGACGAUAAGCGGGACGAUAAGCGAUACGACCGGCGGGAUGAUAAAAACUACUACAAAGACACCAAAUCGAGGCAAAAGGAUGAUUACAAAUAUGAUGACCUCGACAAAGGAAAACGAGACAAAUCGUAUGAUCGAAAAAACAAAGGGGACGAUAGCAGAGAUCGCGCGAAUGACAAAAAAAGUUACAACUACAAAAGUAAGAAGGGAAAAUAUGCGGACGGAAAAAAAGAUGAUGAUUAUAACACCUCUCCCAAUACAAAGCGAGACAAAAAAAAUAAGGACAACAAAAAGCGAAGAUCGAAAUCGUACUCCGACGUAAGUCAUAACAGUUCUGCUAAAUAUGCGACCAAAAGCAAAAAGCAAAAGAAGGAAAAAUAUUCGUCAAAGGAUAAAAAAAAGGACAAGAAGAAAAAAAAUUAUGACGAUGAUGACUACGAAAAAUAUAAUAACUCGGUUAGCAACUCAAAUAAUUCCUAUUCAAACAAGAAGGACAAUAAAAACAACUCCUACGCCGCCAAAUCGGAAUCUGCUAAUUCGGCUUAUUCAUGA